AUGGACCAUGAAGGUGAUGGUGGCGACGAGCCACCACAUCCGUUCGAUGGAGGUUUUGGUGUUCACCAAAUCGAUGUUGUACCUCCCAGACGAAGUGGCAUGACAUGCUUCAUUUGGGAGGUUGGAAGUUAUAUCAGGUGCGACAUAGCUUUGGAUAAGAACGCCUGGAAAGAAGUUCCUAAAGCCGAAAGACAUAUUUUGAUUUUCAAGCCAUUUCAAAUGAUCCCGAUGCUAGAAUUAUAUGGGCGUCAUUGA